GGAAGACGGAGAUAAAUAAAUCCAGAAUUAAGCGCUCGACUGCCAACUAUCCUGUAGAUGAACUCUAUUGAACGUUAUCCUUGAAGGUGGGCCACGGUAGUUGUUAUCGGGCAACGACACCAGAAGAACCAAGAACUGAAGCCAGCGAUGUCUCUCAAGCGCCCCCUGAGCGCGAUAGAGGCAAGUGGAGAUCCGAGUCAAAACGGGAAUCUAUGGCCGGAUGACGACCCGCGCGUGCGUGCGCGACGGGGGCCUGAUCUAGGGACGAUGGAUGCAACGGGCUACAAUGGUACAGGGCUCUCAUAUCAAGAUGAACUCAUGUCUUCAGGUGCCUUUGCUGGAUCGGAUAUUACAUUUGACGAAUCGCUUGACCCGACUUCUACUGCGUUUUUCAAUUCCGGCCAGCAGCAAUUGUUCUUGGGACCCCCGUCUGGGAGCAAUGCGUUCAGCAAUACAUCAUAUGCGUCAACCCCUGUGGGAUUUACAACAGAUGGAGGCGAAAGCACCGAAGUCGAUAUGAGGGAUGUAGAUAUGGCAGAUUCAAACAACGAACUGAUUUGUUACGGGGUGUUAAUCAACGAACGAGUCCGCCUCGUAGGAAAAGGCGCAACAUUACAAGAAAAGAUCGUAAAGCUAAAAGAAAGCAGCUCGCCCAUGGAACUCGGACGGCCCCAAAGCUUCAAGAUCGAGAGGUCCAAUGAGAACGGCCAGCUUUUCCUAACCUUCCCUGACGGGACCAGAUUUGGCUAUUUGAGCAAGAAAAUGACCGACGCCAUGGACGGCCUUUUGGAUGCUCUGUGGUUAGAACUUGAAGCGUUCGCACCGCUCAAUGAGAUCGGGGAUGCUGUACUGCGUGCUGGGAAGGCGGUUGAAGCGAAGUUUCGUGCCAAUGUCAACAUAUAUGGGCUGGAGGCUAGCAGGGACCGUGUAGGGAGCAUGCUCUCGUCGAGUGGGCUGUUUUUCCAGGCUCCUGAGAUUUGGAGACGAGGUGUCCGAUAUGAUAAUCCGCAUAUGCUGCGGAUGGAGGGGAUGGAGGAUAGUGAUGUUGAGGAAGUAGAAGGAGAGGUAGAGGAAGAGGAGGAAGAGGAGGAGGAUAUAGAAGAAGCUUCCGAGAGGGUCGAACCGCCGCCUGAGAUAAACCAGGAUUUCGAAGACACCAUGGCCCAGAUCUUUGGGUCGUUACAGCGCCAGAAUGACCUACAUCGAGUCGAAGGAGGUGACAACCUGAGUAGUAAGCUAUAUGCGCACCAGGAAGAGGCACUGGACUUCAUGAUCCAACGCGAGACUGGGGAUAUCCCGGAGAACUACCGUCUGUGGAGGCCUAAAAUGGUCGAGGGGGAGCAAAUGUUCUGCAAUGUCAUUGUUCCCAAUAUUCACGAGCGAGAGGUACCAGACGAAAGUGGAGGGGGGAUUCUCGCUGACGAGAUGGGAAUGGGAAAGUCACUCACGACGCUGGUUCUGAUAGGAAAGACCAUGAGAGAGGCACGACAGUGGGUUGAGGAAGAGAAAGCCCUACCAGACGCUGCUCUCUCAGAGAAACCCUGUCGAGCAACCCUGGUUAUUGUUCCUUCACGCGUACUGAUUACAACCUGGACCAGAGAAAUUGAACGACACUUAAACGGAUCUCUGGAUUACUUGCUAUAUCAUGGCCGAGGACGCAGCGAAUGCGUAAGCAAAAUCGAAGAGAAAGACAUCGUCAUAACUACAUAUAACACACUGGCAAAAGAGCACAGCGCAAAGCUUCUUGGACAGGGGAAGAGCCCACUGCAUGAAAUAAAAUGGUACAGAAUUGUGCUAGACGAAGCACACUGGAUCCGCCGCCGAGAGACCACCUUCCACAAAGCAGUUAUCGAGCUCACUGCAAAAUCUCGCUGGUGUCUCUCAGGCACUCCAAUUCAAAACAGCCUGGCCGAUCUGGCAUCUCUCCUGACCUUCAUCCAAGUGCGGCCUUUCCAGGCGCAGCGACACUUCCGCUACUGGAUAUCCCAACCAUUUGAAGAGAAGGCACGCAGAGAAAAGGCAAUUCAACGGUUAAAAAGCCUCUUAGAAGCCAUAUGCCUCCAAAGGAAAAUAGAAAAGGCCAAUCUGCCAAAACCACAAGAAGAGACACGGAUAAUUACAUUCACGCCCGAGGAGCGCGAGCAAUACCGACUCACCAACGCAGAUAUGGAGCGUUACUUUGCGCAGCAGCCGAGCGAAUACAAGGAGCGCGCAUCUGCAUUUGGCAUGUUCCAGAUCUUCCUCCAGCUGCGCAGCUUCUGCAAUCAUGGAACGUACCAGCCGCGGUUCUCUUGGGCGAAACGUAACUUCCUGGACGAGGCAGACGAUGUUCGCUCGUUGGCAAGAACGAGUUGGGACCGCUGCUUGGGUUGCAGACAGCCUUUGCCAAUUAUUACGCGGGAACAGCCUCAGUAUGUUGAGAAGUGUGGGCAUGUCCUGUGCGAGGACUGCUGCAAGGGCAGUAACCGUGUACAGGCCGACGGGAGAAAACACUGUCCGCUAUGUGAAUCACUCCGGAGCCCUAAUUCUAAUAACACCCGUGACGGUAGUUCUCUGCAUAAAGAAGGAUACUCCUCCAAGAUGCAAGCCCUUGUUGAAGACGUACAGAAGGAUAUCAGGACGACGCAAAGUAUCAUCUUCUCAUGCUGGACACGAACCCUGGACUUGAUAGAGAGACAUCUGAGGAGAGCAAAAAUCCCAUUUGCUCGUAUCGAUGGUAAAACACCGUCAGGGCCGCGUCAGACUAUACUUGACAAUUUCAACAACACCAGGUCUGUGCCUGUGUUGAUCAUGACAACGGGAACCGGUGCUUUUGGGUUGAAUCUGCAGUCGGUAAAUCGAGUAUUCAUCGUUGAGCCCCAGUGGAACCCCAGCGUAGAAAGCCAGGCCGUUGCUAGGGCUAUCCGUCUGGGUCAGUACCAACAGGUCCGGGUGAUUCGGUAUCGAGUAGAGAAUAGUAUUGAAGAGCGCAUGUACACGCAGCAGGCGAAUAAGCAGACCCUCAGCAAGAUGGAAUUCGGGCGAGAGCUGCUAGCGGGUCAGCAGGAGGAAUCCCAUGAUAUGCCAAUUAUAGAUUAUCCUGUACCACAUGUCCCUAGUGCUGACUGGAAUGUCUGACAUGCACAGUGGAUACUUGCGUUGGUUUCGACUUGAUAUACAUACAUAGUAUUCCUCUAUCUUCUUCGAACUACAUGGUCACUACAAAGUGCAAGGUAGUUUAUAUUCAGGCGACAGGUCUCUGGAUGCCUAAAAUUGCAGUACAUUACAGCCACAAAAGGCUUUCCAGGCAGACUCUCAGUUUGUGUCGUGCCUUGAACAGAGCCUCCGACAGCCUAAAAAUGCGGUACACUGAGCCACACCGUCCGUAAUAGAGUGGACCAUGAUAUCAGGCU